AUGAAGCUAACCGUAAAUAAGGCUGGAACGAAAAUUAAAGGUGCUACAUUCAAAGAUUUUAAGAUCAUUAUUUUAAAGAAUGGAAAAAUGGAAUACCCCACAUACAAAAGUAAGGAGUCCGCUGUGAACGAAUACAAAGAACUAAUAAGAAAAGCUAAGGUAGAACAUUCGAAAACGUCCGCAGCCUCAGUAGAAGAACAACUCGAACAGCAAAACUUAAACGCUCCUCGAGAACUUGUGGAUGAUGUACUAACAAAUACCAUUGAAAGAAUGGAUGAUGAAUUAUCCAACCAAAGUGAGGCUAUCAGUAGUAGCGUAGUUAUAACAGAAAAUGAACUAAGAGAAUAAAGAGGUAUCCUAAACGUAAAAGGAAACUCAGGUGAGGAAAAAAAUAACUUUCUUGAAAUAGAUCAUUGGAAAGAAUUAGCUGAAACUGAGCGAACCGCAGGGCGUGAACAAAAAGCUCUCUUUUACGAAGCAAUGGCUAACAUGGCAGGGUUAAAAGGGGACGAAAUAAGGUUAAGAUCAAACGAACGACCCACAGGAUCAAAAACUACGUCCAUCGUGGAAGAGGAAGUAAACGCAAACGAUCUCACAAGGUUCGAAAGAUUUAAAAAAUGGGCAAAAGAAAAAAUUACCGGAAUAUCAGUCGUAGCAAUAUCUGUGGCGGGUAUCAUUGCCAUGAUCGUUAUGAGAGCUAGAAGCGUAGCGAAAAGAGGGGCAAGAGCAACAAGUAAAUUCGCAAAAGCAGUGGCAAACUUAGCCAGAAAGGUAGGACCCGUAGGCCGUAUUAGCAUCCGUACUAAACCUAAUUGCCAAAGUCCUGGCAUGGGGAGCAAAAGGUGUUGCGUUUCUGUUGCGAAAAAUGUCAGGAUUCUAGCUUUAGCAUUAACGUACUUCUUAUACAACGAAUACGGAAAAAGAAAAAAGUAAAUUUUUUUUCAUAUAUAAUAAAAAUGGGAGACAGAAAAGAUUUAAUGAACGAAACUUACGAUGCCGGACUUAUCACCCUUGGUGCAGUCGCUGUAUCCGUGGUAAGCAAAACGUUUGCAAGUGACAGUCUGGGAGUACCCAGUAUGGUUCGAAAGGAAUUCUGAAACUAGCAGUAGCCGUUGGAGUCGGUGCGCUCGGCGUUCACUAUUUACAAACCAAGAAAAUAGUGCCAGAUGAUCCAUUCCAGUAAACAGUUUCACAAAAAUAAAAGAUGGUAAGUGUUGUAGUUGGAGAAUUAUUUAACGCAGAUGCAUUCGCCAGAGCCGGAUUCCUGUUCAGCAAACUAAACCGCGGUGGAUACGAAGAAGAAAUGAAAAGACACAACAAAGCGAUGGAAAAGUUAUCCAGAGCCAAAGAAAAAUGGUACGAAAGACAAGUAGAAAAAAAGAACAGAAUAGCAAUACUCAGACAGGAACUAGCUGACGCCAAAACAGAUAUGGAAGCCACAAACCGUGCUCUGGAUUCCCUAAGACAAGCGCAAGAAGACUGA